UGUAUAGGUGCUAGUAUACGAGUAUUGCAUUAUUUACAUACCUGUGUUUCAGUAAUAACCAUAUACUAAAACAAAACUAAACGUCCUUGAGUAGAUUUAGUAACAUUUUUUUUUUAUUAGAAAACAUAGCGGACAGUAAAAUAGUAUUAUAGUUAUAAUUUUUUGUAGUUUGAACUAACAGUAUGUAUAAGACAAGUGUAUUAURGCUUUUUGCUCUACUGUGGUCAUUUGGACUAGCAGUCACACCAAUACCAUCACGGUCACCCGACAAAAAUAACAAUGUUGACUGUACAGGACCGAUUGCAUUUACAUCAACAGGGAGUAUAUCAGUCCAUUCUACAGGUCUGGUAGCAUAUAAACAGAAUGUUGUUAACCUAGCUGUUACAUGGGAUCCUGAGGUUGGUGUCUAUACUUGCAUUUGUUCCGGCCUCUAUCAAUUUUCAUUCUCUGGUUCCACCGAAGAAAACACAAGGAUGGUAUUGAAGAAAAGAUUAAACAACGGUAAACAGUGGACACCAAUAAUAGCAACAAAACCAGGUGGUGGAUCAGCUACAAUAUUUUUAGAAGUAGAAAGUGGAGAUCAAGUAGCUGUAUAUUUGGAUGGCAAUUCAAAGAAAUUCAAUGCUAGACAUGAACAAGGCGUAGAAGUUACAUCAUUCAGUGGUUACAGAAUAGCAAAAUCUUAGUAAAAUUUUAGUGUUGAUUUACUUACCUACAACAAAUACAAAAUUUGUAUUAUGAUAAAUAUAUAAUACCUAAAAUUAAAAAAAAAAAAAUUUAAGCUCGAAAAUUGUUGUGCAAAUUUAUACUGAAAAUCUUUAUUUGAUUUUUUAAAAAUAUUAUUUAUACCUAAACAAGCAAUAAAAUAAUGUUUAAUAUGCUGUAUGUGUUACUGAUGAAUAAUCAUUAGCAAUACAUUAAACAUUGAUU